GGGCACGAACAGCUCGAAACCAGAGGCAGCGCGCGCAUGGACACGGAUGUAUUGUUGGCAACAUUACGCAGCACAAUAGUGGUGGAAAGCACUGAACAGAGUCGAUAGUAGGUGAAUUAUAACUCAUUUGCCUUACAAGUGUGUGUCCACAUACCUAAAGGUCAUUUUAAAACCUUAUUCUACACACCACAUUUUUUUAUUUUCAUCAGAGUCGAUUCUGUAGCCUACCUUUCCCUUUCGACGGGAUUCCAGACAUCAUCAACGGUAUUCCAGAACCGCCAGCAUCAGACAGACUUCUCUUCACAGGGACAGUUGAAGAAGUCACGACGAAGACAGGAAAAACACUGAAAUAUGUAGCCAACUGGGAUAUUUAAAGCUGGACACGAGCGUAAAAACUUCCUCAACGCAACACGAAGCCGUUCUUUCAGUUUUUUUGUCCAAGAGGAGAGAAAAUGAUUCCACCCGCUAACAUCAUGCAGGAGGAGAGUUUGGUCAAGAACGAGCGCGAGCAGCACGAGACACCUCAAUCACCAGCGCCCAGCACUAGUCGACAGGAGACAAAGAUGCAGAAGCUGAAGCGCUCCCUUUCCUUCAAAACCAAGAGCAUGCGCAGUAAGAGCGCAGACAAUUUCUUCCAGCGCAACAACAGUAACGCCAAGCUGUCGACAGAGCUGCUCUCGGACAACAGCAGCAUCACGGGCCAAAUGAGCGUCAUCGGGGUUACGGUGGCCCAUCCUGUCCACCAUGCCCCCCCUCGCUCAACCUCCAACCUGGUGAUCUCUAAUGCGCCCCCGGCCAUCCCAUGUGCCCCCCCUUCCUUGGUCUACUCCCCGGGACGCCACCCCCUCGACAUCGACCCCACCGGACACGGCUUCAUGGAGCACAUCUUCAAGAAGCCCACCUUCUGCGACAUCUGCAACCACAUGAUCGUAGGCACCACCUCCAAGCAUGUGGUGAUGCUGGCAGGCAACACAGCCAAGCAUGGCCUUCGCUGCAAAGCCUGCAAGAUGAGCAUCCACCACAAGUGUGAAAAAGGAGUGGGAUCGCAACGCUGCCAAGGCAAGCUGCCAAAGGGCUUUCGACGGUACUACAGCUCCCCACUGCUGAUAACGGAGCAGUUUGGCUGCAUCAAAGAAGUCAUGCCCAUUGCUUGUGGCAGUAAAGUGGACCCGGUGUAUGAAGCUCUCCGGUUCGGGACAUCUCUGGCACAGAAGAACAAGAGGGCCAGUGGCUCUGAGUCCCCCCAUAGAAACUCUACCAGUGACUUAGCCCAGGUUCCAGAAGAGGCCAUCGCUCACAGCAGUCAACAUGAACUCACCAGGAAGCACAGUGAUAAUGUGUUCACAUCACUUGAGAACGGGACGGAGCCCAUUCCCUAUUGCCAUGUGGCCGAGAGGAAACUUGAUGAUUCACCGGUAAGGAGCCCAAACACUGAACAUACAGUAUAGUAUGAAGAUGGCGAUGGCGCCGUACUGGAUUGCCUCCGUUUUGCAAGCUCUGACCCAACUUUGCUAUUUUGUGAUUCUUUUGUAGUUUAUUUUUACUUUAUUUUCACUAAAUGUAUCCGCUAUCAUUUCUUACAACCGACAAUAACUUUUGAACAUCAGAUUGGCAGUUAAUUACCUCAAUUCCAUCUUUGACUUCGACUCAUCUGCCCUGGGCUCUUUCUGUAAUAUUGUCAAUGAUCUCAAGGCAGCUGGGACCAU